UAAAAGGUGCGGCGAACACCUUAGUAACUGAGGCAGCCGUUGAGUGUUAGCCAAUGGAGAGCUGCCUUCAGUGUAUCCUUGAGUUGCCUCGCAUGUAAACAGCCAGUAGCCUAGAGUGGGAGCAGUCUGCGCCAAUUUGGACUUUUUUAGGCUGUCAACUUGGGGCUCUUCGCCUGUCGUUGUUAUUGUUUUUAUCCUUAGUCCUCGUGAAACGUAUACUUGGAUUUACUGCUGUUGUCCAGAAAAACGUGACCUUCGAGCCCCUAAGCCUUUUUUCUUGUUUUUUUUAAACUGUACUUUCAUUUAGGUUGGGAUGUCUGCGACGCAAUGGUAUGCUCACAAAUCUCUAGGAGACGGGCUAUUUUGGAUCCAGGAGAGAUUUUACGAGUCCGGCAACAGAGCCAAUAUCUGGAUGAUUAAAGGAUCGCAUCAGGACGUGGUCAUAGAUACUGGGCUGGGGCUCCGAAGUUUACCAGACUACCUGCACACGAGUGGACUGCUGGGAGAUGAAUCGGACCCGGGGCACAAGAAUCCUUUGCUAGCAAUUGGAACACAUGUCCAUUUUGAUCACUACGGUGGCCUGCAUCAGUUCAGACAGGUCGGCGUGCACAGCGCCGAAGCUGACGCGCUAGCCAGUGGCGACAAUUUUGAGGCGGUGACCUGGCUGUCGGAUCGCGAGAUCGUGCGUACACCGUCCCCGGGUUGGAGCGCGAGGCAGUACAGAGUGCAGGCUGUGCGCCCAACUCACAUUCUUCAAGAGGGAGAUGUCAUUAAUUUGGGAAAUCGGCAGCUGACAGUGAUGCAUAUGCCUGGACACUCUAGAGGGAGCAUCUGUCUCCAUGAUAAAGAUAACAAGGUGCUGUUCAGUGGGGAUGUGGCCUAUGAUGGUGCAAUGAUUGACUGGCUCCCUUACAGCAGGAUUAGUGAUUAUGUCAGCACUUGUGAGCGACUGGUGGAACUUGUUGACCAAGGUCUGGUGGAGCGAGUGCUUCCAGGACACUUCAACACCUUUGGGGCAGAAAGACUAUACAGAAUAGCAUCAAACUAUAUUGCAAAUGCUGGAACAUGCCAUAGGUUUUCAACAGGUGCCAUGAAGACUGUUGCCAGACUUGCUCUUCGGGCAACAAAUCUAGGGAGAAGCUGAUUUUUAUGUCCAUGUCAAAGGUAUUGCAGUUUAAUAUGGCACAGCAGUUCUACAGACGCACUAUUGUUCUGAAUGUAACAUUUCAAUUUAUCUAAAUCAUUACAACAGGCUACUUGCAUAAUAGUCACUGGCCAGUGUGAAUUAGUUUUGUGUGUAAUUGGCAUUUAUGAAUGUUUAUUGCUUGAAAUUUCUGGUUAUUGAAAAAACUGGGUUUCCACACGGGAAGUAGAAAUGGGUGGCAGAAACAUUUUAAAGGCAUCAAAUGCAGUAUUCAGGUAUGCUUUCUAACGUAAAGUAUCUGCACGUGUGCCACGGCCCGUUAUGUAUCCUUUAGAUUUCUCAGUGGCCUUUUUGAACACAUCAGGUUGCCAAAACAAAGAUUUAGGGAUGAAAACUUAGCUUCGUAUGACUUGAAGUACACUGCCUAUUGCAAUGUCUCUUUGAUAAUUAAGUAAAUACAUUUACUGGGUACAUGUUAAGCAGACGUUCAUAUGUUACUUUUGGCUUGCACAUAGAAUCAAGAUAAAAGACUUUUUUAUGAAUAUAUAUAAAAUACUACAUGUCAUUGGGUUUAGAUUAAUACUGUCAUGUUGUUUACUGUUAAAACCUUAAAGCAUUGCAGUAAAAUGUUGCAUUUGUAAGUUGCCA